AUGGCAGUACUGGCUGACCUCACUGGUACUUCUGCCCUGAAGAUACUUUCUAUCGCCCUCGUGGCUUGGGUUGUGGCAAUAUGGAUCAAAAUCAAACGCCAUCCAUUGUCCAAGUUUCCCGGUCCCCCAACAGCCGCGUUCAGCAAUAUUUCCUACUCUCGUCGAUUCAUGGGUGGCCGUCAGCCAUAUGAGAUGCUCAGGCUGCACGAGAAGUAUGGCAAGUCCACGCACUUCUGUCCCGUAGUACGCGUAACCCCAAAUGAGCUUUCAUUCAACACAUCCACCUCGUGGCGAGAUAUCUAUGGUCAGCGUAAAGACCAUCAACCAUUUAUCAAAAGCGACUUCUACGAUGGGGGAAGCUUUGCGGCGGAGGCCCAUUCAAUUGUUAGCGAGCGCGAUCCAGCAAAACACGCGGUGAUGCGUAAAUAUUUGUCCAAUGCCUUUUCGGACCGGUCGCUGAGAGAACAAGAGUACUUGGUGUCCGAGGUGGUGGAUCUUUUCAUUGAGAAGAUUGGUGAAAAGGGAGAUAACGGAGUUGAUUUAGUUCUUUGGUUAAACCUCACCACUUUUGACAUCAUUGGCAACUUAGCUUUUGGUCAGGUAUUUCAAGGUGUCGCUUCCGGGACUGAGCAUUUCUGGGUGUCUAUUGUGGUGAAAAGCAUGAGAAUGGGGGCUCUCGCUGAUUGCUUCAAGCGAUUUCCUUAUCUGGCAGCCAUCUUCAUCAAGUUAUUCCCCAGUCUUCUUAACAAACUGAUCGCAGAUACCAGAAGGCACGAGGCCUACACUAUUGAAUUGAUAAAAAAGCGAGUGAAUAAAAAGACCGAUCGACCGGAUUUCAUCACAAGAAUCCUCGAUGCCCGUAAAACAGACGAGAUAUCGGAAAUACAGAUCGCAGCACAUGCGUCUGACUUUGUGAUUGCGGGAAGCGAGACAACAGCUACGGCAUUGGCCUGUGUCACCUAUUAUCUCCAACGAAACCCUAAAGUUCUGAAGAAACUGAAAAGCGAGAUUCGCUCGACAUUCAAAGAUUACGACCAAAUUACGGCAGCAUCGACGCAGUCGAUGGAAUAUCUGAAUGCUGUCUUGGUGGAGGGCAUGAGGAUCUAUCCGCCUUUGCCUUUUGCGCUCCCGCGGGUUGUUCCAGAGGGAGGAGAUACAGUUGAUGGGCAUUUCUUGCCGGCUGGAACCGUCGUCUCAACCAAUCCCUUCGCGACGUGCAUGUCCUCGGACAACUUUACCUCCCCCUGGGAUUUCAAACCUGAGCGGUGGAUCGGUCCGAAUAAGCUGGAUAACUUGGAGGCCUCGCAACCUUUUUCAUAUGGUGCAAGAGCGUGUCUGGGACGAAGUCUUGGAUGGAUGGAACUGCGCACGAUUUUGGCGAAACUAUAUUUCAAAUAUGAUCUUGAGCUGAUGGAUGAUACUUUGAAUUGGCAAGAGGCAUCAGAGAUGCAUACGCUAUGGAAAAAGCCUAAGCUUAUGGUAAGGCCAAAGCCUAAAGGAGACAAGGUUUGA